AUGCUACGCGAGCAAAUGAAAGAGGUGGACCUUCUUAUUCUGGGCGCUGGCUGGACGUCCACUUUCUUGAUCCCCCAAUUGGAGGAUACCAACAUAACCUAUGCGGCAACCACGACCAGUGGGAGAGAUGGCACGAUACCGUUCAAGUUCGACCCCGAUUCUGGCGAUGCGGAGCCAUACAAGCGUCUCCCUGCGGCGCAAACCGUACUGAUCACGUUCCCGCUGGUUGGACACACGCAGUCAAAGACCAUUGUCGGCCUUUACCGCUCAGUGCAUGGGGCGAAGAACAACUGGGUGCAGCUAGGCUCAACAGGUAUCUUCAACAAGGUACCUGAUGACUGGAGUACUGAUGAUGCGCCGUACGAUAAGGAAGACAAGCGUGCUAUUGCGGAAGACGAACUACUCUCGCUUCACGGCUGUGUGCUGAAUCUAUCGGGUCUAUACGGAGGCGAGCGCGUGCCUGCUAGAUGGCUCCCCCGCAUCGUUCAAUCGAAAGAUGAUGUGCGGAAGCGAGGUGCUGUACAUUUCAUCCACGGAGAAGAUGUCGCAAGAGCCAUAAUCGCAACUCAUCAGAAGUUUACUCCGGGCAAACGAUGGAUCAUUGCUGACUUGCGUGUCUACGACUGGUACGAUCUCAUCAUGAGCUUUAGCGCUACGACGGAGUCGUCCAUGACUAAAGAAGAGCUGGAGACUCGUCAGGAGUUCGCCAAGUGGGUGGGGGAGCUCAUGGAGGAGAACGGAAUCCGUGCUUUGCCGCGGGAUAUGGGUGCCUUAGGCCGAAAGCUAGACUCUAGGGGGUUCUGGUACCAUCAUGGGCUCUGGCCUCGACACAAGCGGCUAGCAUAG